GACUGCUUCCAUUUCUUCGUCAGCAGAUAGGGGCUGGUGCUGCUGCUCGCCAGUGAAAACCGACUCUUUAUUGUCAGCUCCCGAUGUGUCCAUGUCUUGAGGUUCUUGUCCGGCCUGUGUCGGGUGAGUGUCCUACAGCAGCAAGCAGUGUUGUUGUCGCCCGCUUGGCAGGCCCAACAUGCACGGUUGGCUUUGUUGGUAUUGCAGUUGCCUCUAGUUCUCCAUUUGUUGCUGCCAGUAGGCUUGCAGUUGUUGCUGUUGUUGAUGGAGAACUUGUUCAUGCUGGUGCUGGUGCCAUUGUAGCUGGACGUGGCGUUGUUGCAGCAGUUGUUCUUGUUGUUGUUGGUGGUGAUGUUGCUCCAACUGCGCCUGUAGCAGGAGUCGAAGGUGUUCUUGGAUACUCGCCUGAUGCAUCUCGUGUUGAUGUUGAUGUUGCUGAGCCUGCCAGUGUACUUGCCGCAGCAUCUGCAUUUGCAUUUGUUUGUGGUGUUCGUGUUGUUGUUGUUGCUGCUGCAAGUGUUGGCUGCACUGCGCUUCUUGCGUCUGGUGCUGUAGCAGGAGGUUGUGUUGUUGUUGGUGUUGGUAUAUCAGUUUUUGUUGAUUAUCACAUUCCUGUUGCACCUGUACCUGCUUCAUCUCUUCCUGUUGGGAAAGCGGUUGUAUGCGAUGUUGCUCUUGCCGAGCUUGCUGUUGUUGCAAUUCCUUAUGCAAUCGUACCUCUGCUUGCUUCUGAUGGAGCUGGAGGAGGUGGAGCCUUUUUUGUUCCUGUUGUAAUUGUUGUUGUUGCAGGUCUUGUUGUGUGCGUUGUUGUGCCUGGUCUUCCUGUUGAUGCAGCAGUAACAAGCGUUGUUCCUCAUGCAAGGCUUGCUUCUGGCUGAGCUGUUUUUGUAUUUGAGGCCGGGCCAAUGGAUGUCCCACCAGGGCACCCCGUUCAUGUCCCAUCCUUUCCCCUUCCUGGGUUUGCUGUGGGGGUAGUCUUGUUUGUCCCUUGGAACCACCCUGUUCGUUAGAGGCCGUUUGUUGGGGCGAUCUGCAGCAAAGUCGUUGCUCCCCAGCCUCUGCGUCCCUUGCGGCCGGUCGUGGGGGGAUGGGGGGUGGUUCAUUGAUGAGGGGAAAAGCUACCCCUUUGAUCUUAUUGAGCAAUGAGUUAGCUUUCACCCACAUC